AUGAAACCCGACGGUAAUGGUGUUGUUAAAAUCAGCGACCCCGGUUUUCCCGAAACCUUACCCCAGGGAGACCUACUGGAUGCUGCAUGGAAAUCUGCCGGGGAUAAAGCAAUGUCUGCUUUAGAACUGAAAGAUGAGGAUUAUCCAAAAGAAGACGAACAGAUGUCUUCUCGGAUCUCUGUUUUAUCGCAACGACUGCAGCAUUGCUCAAAAAAAUGUGCUGAUUUGUAUCCACUAAUUAUAACCCUAAGGAGUUUACAAUUAAAGAAAACCUCCGCCACACCGCAGCAAAGAAAAAACCUUGAAACUGAGUUAAAAACUCGCCUUUCUUCUUUGGAAGAGGAAAUCCAUGUGAUUGAAUCAUUUGAAGCCAAAUAUUUCAAGAAAUCUUCUAGUUCUUAUCUCGGCUUGGGUGGAAAUUCCUCAUCCGUGGCUGCUGCUCCGAGAAAGAAAAAAUGCUCUACUCACAGUUCUUCUGCUGGUGCCACUUCAGCCGAGAUGAAAGAAACUCCAUCCCAGGCGAAUUCCUCCUUGUUUGAAUCUCUCACUCCUGCUGCAACUUCUCCUCCAGGUGUUGUUUCUCCAUCAAGUGAAGAGAAUAAUGCCAUAUCUAGGCAGGCAACUGGCGGAGCAGCUGCCAAUGCUCCUGACUCUGCCGGCACUGCUUCCACAAAGUCAAAAUCCUCAAUUUGGUAUAUCGAAAGAGUCGAGAAGCUGAACUCCCGUCUGGAAAUAAUGCAUAGCCGCCUGACGAAAUACUGCAUGAUUCAGAGCAUCAUGAUUCAGAAUAAAGCGGAAGAAGCCAUAGCUAAGGCUAAGCGGAAUGAGACGGAGGUGAUUCAUUCCUUGCAUGAUUUUGCGCAGGGGAUAGUUGACCAGUGCAAGAGCACGACUGUAGACUGCGUCCAAAAGGUGGUGACGAAGCGGAAAGACCUCAAGAGAAAAGAAAGAUUAAUCGCAGAGGCAAGAACUCUGACUGAACAAUGCAUAGCCAAUGGUGAUGAAGUAGGGCUUCGUCAGGUUGAGGAGAUGUUGCGACAAAUUAAUCUCCAAAACUAG